AUGGGUCUCCAACCAUCAUUCACCUUCUGGAAGCACCAUGGCAGCAUAUUUAAGAAUUUGGCUAACAUUGUUUCCCUCUUUCCGUUCCUAGGCCCUCGUCUACUUCAGCUCCUUCAAACAUUUAUUCUGUGUGUCAUGUUGAUGAUAACAUUAAGCCCACGGGGACUGUCUCUUCAGUGCAACCGAAUAUACAUGAGCCAACGUCAAUGUAACAAGGAGGCUCUGAAGCACCUGAUAAACAUGGAAAAAAUUCUGCAUCCUCAUUGCAAAGAACAAUGGAAAAACUUUCGGUUCCCUAAGUUUCUGGACAAGAUGACACAGCUGCCCAAGGUGAUCUUAUUGGAAAUUGUCCUUGAGUCCAGCAAACUUCUCAGCAGUCAAUUAACUAAGGCUACGAAUGACAAACGUGUUGCCGAGGCAAUAUCUGAGCUACAGAUGGUGCUACAUAAAAUUUCCACCGACUGGUCCCAAUGUGUGAUGUCAUCAACCUUCCAAGUGCCUAAAUUAAAAAAGAAAAUCCGACAGAUAAAGAAAUAUUUUGGAAGGAUGGAGGCAUACCUAAAGAUAAAGGGAUACAGUCGCUGCGCUUUGGCUACGGUUAGAAAUGAAAUGGAAAGCGCCAUGAUGUUUGUUCAAAGACACACAGACAUUCUCUUGAAGAGAGAGAAACAGUGAGGACACCCCAAGCGUUCUCAGACUCUACUGCUACGGUCUGGAGUCAAACCUGCCUGAAUACCGUCUUCUAAGAAGUGCUUUUUUUUUGUUCAAUUUUGGGCUGGAUAUUGUAAAUUUCCAGUUGGAAAUUUGUCUUAAUACCUCCCAGAUGGUACUGACCAAUAACUGACA